AUGGGACAGUUUAUCACGGAGAAUCAGGUAGCACAAGCGAAACGCAUGCGCCUGCCUGCCAAUGCUAUCCCAAAGCAUUACGACGUUACUAUUGAGGUGGACUUUGACAGGUUCACGUUUGAAGGCACCACCAUCAUCGAUUUGGUAAUUGCAGAGCACACCACAUCUAUCUCGCUGCAUACGUUUGAGCUUGAUAUCAUCUCUACCUCCAUCUAUGUGGAUGGCGCCUUGGCUGUCGAAUCUCCAUCUCUCUCAUACGAAAUUGAUACCCAGAUCACGACCAUUGACUUAGGCACGAACUCCAUUUCCAAGGACGAGAAUGCUCAAGUCGAACUUGUAUAUACGGGUCAACUGAAUGACAAAAUGGCCGGACUCUACAGAUCCCAGAGAAAAGAUGGAGCCCUCCUGGCGGUUACCCAAUUCGAGCCAACCGAUGCACGACGAGCACUGCCUUGCUUUGACGAACCUGCUUUGAAGGCUGAAUUCACUGUCACACUUAUUGCCGACGAGGAUAAGACAUGUCUUUCGAAUAUGGACAUAGCUUGUAUCAACACGAUUGAUUCUACAAUUACUAAGGGAAAGAGAAAGGCCGUGAAAUUCAAUCGCUCGCCCCGAAUGUCAACCUACAUCCUCGCAUUUGUUAUUGCCGAGCUUAAAUCAAUCUCUGUCGAUACGUUUCGACUACCUAUCACGCUCUGGGUAACGCCUGAGGAGAACUUAGAGCACGGCAGGUUCGCUCUUGAUGUCGCAGCCAAGACGCUUACCUUGUACGAAGAUCUCUUUCAAACACCAUAUCCCUUACCUAAGAUCGAUAUGGUGGCGAUCCCCGACUUUGCAGCCGGUGCCAUGGAGAAUUGGGGUCUUGUUACUUAUCGGAUGGUCGAGAUAUUUGUCGAUCAACAACUGACGAGUAACACGACAAGGGAAAGAGUUGCCGAAGUUGUGCAGCAUGAAAUGGCACAUCAGUGGUUUGGUGACCUAGUAACUAUGUCGUUCUGGGACGGCCUCUGGUUAAACGAAGGGUUUGCGAACUGGAUGAGCUGGUAUAGCUCCGACAAGCUCUUUCCAGACUGGAAAGUAUGGGAAACGUUUGUCGUCGACAAUCUUCAAAGAGCCCUCGACCUGGAUAGCCUGCGGAGCUCCCAUCCUAUUGAGGUUCCCAUCUACAGUGCGCAAGAUAUCCAUCAGACUUUUGAUGCUAUCACGUACUCAAAAGCCUCAGCUGUACUAAGAAUGAUCUCCAAAACCCUCGGCGAAAAGGAGUUUCUCGAAGGGAUCCGGCGAUACAUCAAUACGCACGCAUGGAAUAAUGCAGAACAGAAUGAUCUUUGGAGCGCACUCAGUAGUGCGAGCGGGAUGAACGUCGGAGAAAUAAUCGACCCAUGGACGAAAAACGUUGGCUACCCUGUCAUCUCCGUCACGGAAAAUUCAUGGGAUUCCAGUAUUACUAUCAUACAGGACCGGUUUCUUCUGACAGGCGAUCUUCAUCAACAAGACGACAACGCACUGUUUCCCAUCAUACUUGGUCUCAAAACUAGGAAUGGUGUGAGCAGGAACCUGAUAAUGACCCAACGUAUACAAACAUUUACCGUCGAUGGAGGCAUCGAUUUCUACAAACUCAAUUGCGAUCAUUCAGGAUUUUAUCGAACCUAUUAUACUCCCCACCGGCUGACGACUCUCUCUGGACAGAGUGCUCUCCUUUCCGUGGAGGACCGUGCCGGCCUUAUUGCCGACGCUGGUGCUCUUGCAGUUGGUGGCUAUGGGAAAACGUCUGAAUUGUUCAAUCUUUUGGAGUCUUUCAGCAAUGAUGUGCAAUAUGUGGUCUGGAAGGAGAUUGUAAAUCGCAUUACUGUGGUCAGAGAGGCGUGGAUGUUUGAGGACCAAAAGGUUCAAGACGCUUUGAAAGCAUUCCAAUUAGAGCUGUGUUCGCUGAAAGCACAUCAUCUCGGGUGGGACAUAUCACAUGGAGAUCACAUUCUUGGCCAAUUCCAAAGUCUCAUGUUCAGUGCAGCAGGUGCCGCUGGAGAUGGAAUCAUCCUGAAAGCAGCAAAAGAAAUGUUUGGUGCAAUCAUGUCUGGCGAUGCCACAGUCCACCCAAACUUACGAGCACCAGUAUUGGCAUUGGUCCUUCGUCAUGGCGGUAUGCAAGAAUGGAACGCCAUUAUCAGACGUUAUCAAUCAUCCCGGACACCCGACGACAGAGACUCGUGUUUGCGCAGUCUAGGUCAAACUGAAAACGUGAUUUUGAUCGACGAGACGCUGGCGCUUGCUCUUGGCGGACAGAUCAAGAUGCAAGACGUUUUUAUACCUCUGAGCGGUCUUGGAGCUACGCCGAAGGGAGUUGAGCGACGUUGGGACUGGAUGUGCAAUAAUUGGGAUAAGCUUGUGGAGGAACUGCCGCCGAGUAUGACUCUGCUGAACAAUGUUGUUGGUAUCUGCGUGUCUGGUCUUAGCAACGAGCAGCAUGUGGCCAACGUGGAAACUUUCUUCAGAAACAAGAAUCAAAAAGGGUUUGAGCUCACUUUACGUCAAGGUAUUGACAGGAUCAAGGCUCGGGCAAAUUGGGUCAGACGAGAUAGAGAGGACGUGUAUGCAUGGCUCGAGUACAACGGAUACUUGGAAGAAGGGGCAUAA